AUGCUUGAGUACAGCAACGGGCGAUGGGUUCUCCAGACCGCGACAAACACGCGGCCAUCGGGGCAGCCGCGGUCUUUCGAGCGCUACAAGGCAGUCGCACCUGAAGCGGAACGCUUGCCCGAAGGAGGAGAUGUCACUGCUACGAAGCUGGCGACCAUGGGCGCCCUUCUCGCGGGCGGCGCCCGUGCCCGUCGCGGCCGAGCUACACGGCAGGUGCCGAGGCGCUUGUUUGGUGAUCUGGCGCAGACUCUGAACCCGUUUUACGAGGCACCCGAAGUUCAGACAAAGAAGCGAUACACUCCUCAAGUCGAGGCGGUCAAUGCACUCGAAAGCGAGAUGCACGCGCGAUCUGACGAAGAGCUGCGUGAACUUACCAAGAGCCUGAAGAGCCGGGCUCAGGACAACCAGGAGCCGUUGGACUCGCUGCUGCCGGAGGCCUUUGCUCUAGUUCGAGAGGCCUCGAUGCGAGUGUUGGGCCUUCGGCACUUUGAUGUCCAGCUAAUGGGAGGUAUCGCUCUCCACGAAGGCAACAUUGCAGAGAUGGGCACCGGUGAGGGCAAAACCCUGGUCGCCAUCCUAGCGGCAUUCCUCAAUGCCCUCAGCGGCAAGGGGGUGCAUGUCGUCACUGUGAACGACUACCUCGCGCGGCGUGAUGCAGAGUGGGUUGGCCAGCCGCUUCGCUUCUUGGGCAUGUCGGUGGGCGUGGUACAGAAUGGGAUGCCUGCUGACCAGAAGAAGAAGGCUUACAGGUGUGAUGUCACCUAUGUCACCAACAGCGAGUUGGGUUUCGAUUACCUCAGGGACCAGAUGGCCCCGUCACCUUCGGAUCUCUCUCUCCGAGAGGGUUCCCCGUUCAAUUUUGCGGUGGUGGAUGAGGUGGACUCGAUCCUCGUCGAUGAGGCGCGGACACCCCUCAUCAUCUCGGGCGUUGCUGAGAACUCGCCGACGAAGUACCAGGUGGCCAGCGAGGUCUCCAAAGCACUUCGGAAAGAGGUGCAUUACACGGUGGACGAGAAGCAGCGACAGUGUGUCCUGAUCGAGGGAGGUGUCGACGCGGCAGAGAAGCUUCUAGGCAAGAACGACCUUUUCGAUCCAGAGGAUCCGUGGUUCCCCUUCAUCACGAACGCAUUGAAUGCAAAGGAGCUAUACAUCAAAGACAAGGCCUACAUCGUUAAGCGCGGCGAGGUGAUGAUCGUGGACGAAUUCACGGGACGCGUCAUGGAGGGUCGACGAUGGAGCAAUGGACUUCAUCAGGCCAUUGAGGCUAAGGAGAACGUGCAGAUUCAGGCGGAGUCCGUCACUCUGGCCAGCAUUUCGUACCAGUCUCUGUUCAGACUCUUCGACAAGCUCGGCGGAAUGACCGGCACCGCUUUCACCGAAGCCAAAGAGUUCGAGGAGGUUUACAAGCUGAAGACGGUCGUCGUCCCACCGAACCUGUCCAGGAAGCGCGAGGACAAGGAUGAUCAAGUCUUUGUGGACGACAUCGGCAAGUGGAAGGCUUGCGCCCGCGAGAUCUCAAAUGCGCACCGAAUUGGUCGGCCGGUCCUCAUCGGGACAACCAACGUGGAAAACUCCGAGAUCAUUGCGGAACUCCUCGAUGCACUGGGAGUGGCAUACCAGCUCCUCAAUGCCAAGCCUGAGAACGUAGCCCGGGAGACAGAGAUCGUGGCUUCCAGCGGCCGCAAGUAUGCUGUCACGAUCGCGACCAACAUGGCAGGGCGAGGGACCGACAUUCUGCUCGGUGGCAACCCCACUAUGAUGGCUCGGCUUCGAUUGCGUGAGGAGCUUUACGGCAAGCUCUUCCCUCGCAAGUCCUGGGCUAUGCCCGAGGAGUUCUACCCAGUGGAUCUUACAUCCGAGCUGCAGAAGCUUGUAGAUGAUGCCGUGGCCGGAACGGUGGAGGCCUGGACUCCGAAAGAGACCGAUCUGAAGCCAACAUCUCUCGAGGCUGCAGAGCAGAUCGUUGCCCAGGGACGGCUGACAGAGCUCGAAGCCGAGGAGCGCUUGUCUUUGGCAUGCGAGAAGGCACCGACCAGUGAUGAGGCGAUUCUCCAGCUCCGCGAGGCUUACAAGGCUUUGACAGCACACUACAAGCAGAUUACCGAUCUCGAGAAGGAGGAAGUCAAGGCCUUGGGAGGACUAUUGGUGCUGGGCACCGAGCGACACGAGUCGCGGCGCAUCGACAACCAGCUUCGUGGCCGCUGUGCCCGACAAGGAGACCCCGGAAGCACACGAUUUUUUCUCAGUUUGAAUGACACAAUUUUCCGCAUCUUCGGAGGCGACAACAUCAAGAACAUGAUGAAAGCGAUGAGCCUCAGCCAGCCGGAAGACACCCCGCUGGAGUCCGGCCUUCUCUCCAACUCCCUCGAGGAAGCGCAGAAGAAGUUGACUGUUCUUCUGACGGUGCUGGUCUUCCUUGCUGCGAAGCUUGGACUGCUGUACCUCUUCGGCUUUCAAGACUGGGUCACGCCGCCCAUCUCAGACCUGGAUGUUCCAACGCCGAGCUCUGACGAGCCGGUGACGCAGAGUGCUGCACACCUCGAAGCAUUGCAGGAGUUACGCCGUGGCAAUGCGAAAGCAGCCCUUGCAAAAGCAAGAGGCUGUGCCGCUGAACACGGCGGCUGCCGCGGCCUUCUCGGUGAGCUGUACCUCACGGGUACGGAGGUUGCCCAGGAUCUCGCCCAGGCCAUGCAUUGGUUUCAGGCGGGCGCAGAUCUUGGAGACCCGGACUCGCAAUAUGCGCUCGGAGUCCUCUAUGCCAAUCUCUUGGAGGAGUCCUCGCCCGAACUGCAGAAGAACGAGGGUCUGAGCAUCCUCUACCUCUAUGCUGCUUCUCUGGCAGGGCACCUUGGGGCUAUGAUGGCGAUGGGCUACAGGCAUUCAGAAGGUCUUGGCGCGCCAAGGGCCUGCGGUACUGCAGCCCUCAAUUACAUCGAGGUGGCUCGAAGGGUGGCGCAGGUUUAUUCUUCCGGAAUGCCCAAGGCGGUCGAGCUGGUAAGGCUUGGAGUAGACAACCGAGACCGCCAGAUGAGCCUUUCAGAGAUGGCGGUUUUCGUGGAGAUCGCUGCCAGCGGAGAUGCCAACGUUGCAGCUGCCGUGGGCAAGCGAUACUUGCUUGGCCUUGAGGGGUUCCAUCAAAACUACGCGCGAGCGGCCGGUCACUUGACCACCGCUGCACAGAAGCAUCAUCCCAACGCCAUGGCUCUCCUGGGCUACAUGUACAGUUUGGGGCUUGGUGUGACCAAGGAUCUAGAUCGGGCCUACAGAUACUUCCACGACGCGGCCUCACGGGACGAUGCCUUAGGCCACAACGGCUUGGGCUUCAUUCACUUCCACGGCACGAAAAUCCGAGCGCAGAGCUUUGACCUCGCCUUUCGCCACUUCAAUAUUUCGGCACAUGCCGGCAGCGCCGAUGGCAUGUUCAACUUGGCCUCGCUGUACCUCACAGGCACGGGCACGGACCAAUCCUUCCAGCGCGCAGCGCACUGGUAUACUCAGGCACUUGACCGAGGCCACACUCCCGCAGCCUACACGUUAGCCGUCAUGCACCUCAACGGCAUUGGCGCUGUUCGGAACUGCAAGAUGGCCGUGGAGCUGCUAAAGCGAGUCUGUGAGCGGGGUGCCUGGGUCUCUGGGAAGCUCCGUGAAGCCUACGAGCUGCAAGAGAAACAGAGCUCUGAAGGAGCUGCGUGGCGCUUUUUACAGCUCGCGGAGGCUGGCCACGAGGUGGCGCAGAUGAAUGCAGCUCACCUCUUUGACUCAGGUGCGGCAUCCUUCCUGCUGAAUACCAGCGAAGGUGUCGAAGAACCUGCGGAGGAUCGGCGCUGGGGCCGCUUCUUUGCCCAGCGCCACUACGAGCUCUCUGCCGAGCAGGGUAAUGCCUUCUCGGAGCUGCGGCUCGGUGAUUUCGCCUACUAUGGUUGGGGCUUUCGUUUGCACAGCAGCGCUGCUGUGGCCGACGAAGAUUUCCAGAAGGCCGAGGCCGAGGGCGCGCAGCCCGCUGACCUCGCAGAGAGAGACUCAGUAGACACUUGGCAGCUGGUCGCGCAGGAAUCAGACAUCGACUUGUCACUGGCGCACUACAGGCGGACGGCCACCAUGCGCAUCGCCGGGGAGUGGAUGCAGCCUUACGUGGCAAGGGCCCACUUCAAUCUGGGCUACAUGCAUCAGUUCGGCAUCGGAGUGAUGCAAGAUUUGCCGCUGGCGAGGCGGCACUACAUGCAAAGUGCCGCUGCAGACCCAGGUGGCACACACACGCCGAUCACAAUCAUGGCUUGCCUCCUGAGCCUCCAGCACUUUCUGGUCGACAUGCCGAAGCCCGAGGUGCUAGCAGCAUCUGUUCUUGGCGAUGUUCGCUUCCACAUCUUGUUGGUUCACCUGGUGGCUAUCAUAGUCCUCUCUGCGUUGCGGUCGAUGCUGACACAGACACCGCGACCCCAAGCAGUGCCGCGGACCGAGAGAGACCACCAGACCGAUCGAGACGGUCCCUUCGACGAAGGCGCCUCCGAGAGUGCGGGGAUCCAGCUUUUCAGACAUGACACGGAGCACUUAGCACAAGUCCCGUUCGCGUUCGCGUGA